UAAGGCUAUAAUAAAUAAGGAAUUUGAAUCAGGCAGUAUGAAAUUUAUUCUCAUCUCAAUUGUAAUGAUCAGCUUACUAGUUGUGGCAUUCGGAGCUCCUUUCUCCAAAGUAGUCACCGCUAACAAUAGCAAAGAACUCAAAAAAGAGCUUGAAGGAGGAAAUGAUAAUCUGUACAUCGUAAAUUUCUAUAUGCCCGGAGACAAACAUGAAGACGUUAAGAAGGACCUUGAGGAGAAAAUCGGUGGAAACUCCAGAUAUAAGGACCUCGUGAACUACAUCGAGAUUAAUGCUGCCAGGACCUACCAAUACAAGGAUGUGCUCACUGAUGUCGGCAUUUACAACAAGGCAAGCAAUCAGUAUCCAUACGUCUUAGUGUCCAAGAAAGGCGACGGCUACCUUUUUAGAGGAAAAGAUAUUGGAGAAGGCGUCCUAGGCAAAAUCACUAAUGUCAUCGAAGGAAGAGUUGACUACAGUUCAAUCAGAUAUUAAG